AUGCGUUCCGAACUUGCUUCCGCCCUAGGCCUCCUGGCCGGCCUACUGACGGCUGCCGGACCGGUAUCGGCUCGGCCGGACAUCUACGCCCGCUCACAACAGAUCCGACGUCAGAAUACAGAAUGCGCUGAGGACCUAGCCGACGUCCUGGAUAAUGCGCCAACAACGUCAAUGUCAUGGGGAGCUACGGCUUGCGAUUAUACGUCUACACUCUCAGGCUUAGAACUCUCCGUCACCUAUGCCUCAUUCAGGAGUCGAAUGUCUUCUUGGUACAGCGACGAUCUCGACGACAUCACCAAGCUCGAAGCCAGCUGUACACAGUAUAGUUCCAUCUUUAAUCAGAUCCGGAACUGUUACGUGACCGGAGCUGUCCCGACCGCCGCCACAUCUACAUCAACAACAACAUCAUCUUCAACCGUGGUUACUACCACGAGCACUGGGUCUGGAGCGACUGUGACAACAACAUCGACACCCGACAGUGGAAGCGGUAUGGAUGAUGGCGCGAAAGCUGGACUUGCGAUUGGUAUCAUUCUUGCCGUUCUUCUUCUGAUGUUCAUCGGGUACAAGUUCUUCAUGAAAUAUCGUCAAAAGAAAUUAGCCGACGCCGCAGCAAUGUCAUCGAAUGCAAACGUUGGACCGGAGAUGGGAGCCACAGCCGCGGGAGGAGCCUUAGAGUCAAGGCCAAUGUCCGAACUCGAUCCACGACCGAUAUCCGAGCUCGACCCAGCAGCAGCCGUUGCUGCCAGCGGGGCCACCGGCGUCCAUCGACAUGUCGCGGAGCUGGACCCUGAUCCCCCGACCCAGCUAAGUGAGCUGCCAGCUGACAACUACGACCCAACCGCCACGACGAAUUCACCUCCCCCGGCAUACGUCUCUCCGGUUACUGAUACAGGGACUCGGAAUACGCUCUACUCAGUGGUCUCGCCGGUGUCCCCAGAUUCGAGUACGAUGCGAUCAUCGGGACUGGGAAUAUCUACGAUUUCAGAGGCAGAUGUCUCGCAGAGCGCCGACGGCAGUGUCACAGGAGUGGCAAAUGUUGUUCCAACAACGCAGAAUCAGACCGUACAGCAUGGAUGGGGCAGAGGAUGGAUGCAAAGGGACUGA